CUCCUCUUCCUCCUGCUGGCUGGAGCUUUUGUUUUUCUCCCCAGCUCUCUAUUUCCCACACGUGAUUGCUGUGUUGUUGCACUGAGGGCUUGGCGGGGAGAGUGCACCUAUAAAUGCUAAUAACUUUGGCCCAGGAGAGGAGAACGGGGUGGGAAGCACGGCAGGAGCAAGAGGAGGGGAAGGCAGGAAGGAACGGAGGAAGGCGGGGAGGGGGUGUAGAAAGUCGGGCGCGCGAUCCCUGCAGGCAGCCAAGAGGAAGGAGGGAAACAUGCCAUGCCAGCCCAAACUCCCCUUCUUCACCCAGCUGCUGCUACUGCUGCGCCCUCGCUUCGCUGCCCACUCCUAACCCUCCGCCUGCUGCUGCAGCCUGAGAGUUUUGGUCGCCGCCGCCGCGAGGAUUAUCAUUCUUGCCCACUCCGAGGGCGGGCGGGAGAGAGCGGGCGCGCCAGAGACAAUGGCGGCGGCGGCGGCUGCUCUUGCUGCCGCCGCCGCCACCACCAGCCGCAGCGGCAGCCCUGGUAGCGCCAACAGUGGCGGGGGCGCAUUCCAUCAGCAGCUGGAGCCCUGCCUGAGGAAACAGCCGUCGUCGCCGCAGCAGCCGCCGCCGCCGCGCAUGGACCCCCGGCGCAGGCAGGCAGCGCUCUCCUUCCUCACCAAUAUCUCGCUAGACGGACGGCCACCGGCACUGCAGGACGACGGGAGCAGCGGCGAGGAGAGCGGCGUUGGCGCUGUAGCCGUGCCAGCACCAGCGAGGGCUGCUGCUGCUGCCUCGGCAGCCUGCAACAGCAGCGGCACCACCAGGACUCGCCACAGCCUGAGUGCUGCUUUCCAGUCGCCCGCCCCGCCGCAGCAGCACGGGGCUUACCCCAGCGCCUGCAGCAGCAGCGCCAGGCUCAUGAGCCCCCUGGGAGCGGCUGGCCCGCAGCAGCAGCAAGAUGACGCUGAGGUGGAUGAGGACGAAGAUGCCUUUGCCAGCGUGCAGGUGCCAGUGGCGGCCGCCUCCGCCGCCGCCUUCCUGGGCUCCUCCGGGACCCCCUCUGCGGGCGGCGCCAGGGGUCGCCUCAACUCUUUCACUCAGGGAAUCCUGCCCGUCUCCUUCGCCAGAGCCGUCCCGCAGAACUACUGCUGCCUAGAACAGGGCCAGGUGGGCACCAGCGCCUUCGAGCUCCAGAGGUCCCGACGCCGGCUGAUUUCCCAGAGGUCUUCACUGGAGACUUUGGAAGACAUUGAAGAAAAUGCUCCAUUACGGAGAUGCCGGACUCUGUCAGGCUCACCCAGACCAAAGACCUUUAAGAAGGUUCAUUUCAUCAAGAACAUGCGGCAGAAUGACACAAGGAAUGGCAGAAUAGUCCUUAUUAGUGGCAGAAGAUCUUUCUGUAGCAUAUUUUCAGUGUUACCAUAUCGGGACUGUAGCCAUGUCGGAGAUAUGAAAACAGAAGGUGGGCGGCAGUGUCAUUCUGCUGUAGGAGUUUGCUUGAAAGAUAUUGUUGGCCUUGAAGGUGUGGAAUUAGGAGCUAAUGGGAAGACUGUUUCUUACACCCAGUUUCUCUUUCCAACCAAUGCCUUGGGAGUGCGGAGAAACACCAUAGACUCCACCUCAUCCUUGUCACAAUUUCGCAAUGCAAGCCAUCGUAGCCUUUCAUUGGGAAGGGCCAACAGCACUCAAGGGAGCAUUGAUACAGGCAGUGACUUGGGAGAUUAUGUUGAAUAUGACCCUAAUCUUUUAGAUGAUCCUCAGUGGCCAUGCGGGAAGCACAAGCGGGUGUUAAUAUUCCCUUCAUAUAUGACGACAGUGAUUGACUACGUGAAGCCAUCAGACCUUAAGAAGGAUAUGAAUGAGACUUUCAAGGAGAAGUUCCCUCACAUCAAGUUGACACUCAGUAAAAUAAGAAGCCUGAAGCGAGAGAUGCGCAAACUAGCUCAAGAAGAUUGUGGUUUUGAGGAACCCACUGUGGCCAUGGCCUUUGUCUAUUUUGAGAAGCUUGCUCUCAAGGGGAAGCUAAACAAGCAGAACAGAAAGCUCUGUGCCGGCGCAUGUGUCCUGCUAGCUGCCAAAAUUGGCAGUGACCUCAAAAAGCACGAAGUCAAACAUCUUAUUGAUAAACUGGAAGAAAAGUUCCGGUUGAACAGGCGAGAGCUGAUUGCCUACGAAUUCCCCGUGUUAGUGGCCUUGGAGUUUGCUCUUCACCUCCCUGAACACGAAGUGAUGCCACAUUAUAGACGUUUGAUCCAGAAUUCCUAGCACAGGCUACCCUUCCAGGAAGGAGGAGGGGUUUAAAGACUGUUUUCUCUUGAGCUCAAAGGAGUAGCAGUUACUACUGGAAAUGCAAAAAUGGGGCACAGAUGCCCCAACCCCCCUUUUCUCUUUUCAGUGCAGUUUUCCUACCAGAUAAUAGGAAUAAAGCACUGAACUGCUUAGGACUCUCAGGCUAGAUGAACUGUUAACUAUUCAGAGUGAGUGAUGAACGAGUUGCAUGUGAGUGAACAGUGAGUGGACCAGAUUCUUACCACGUGGACCAAAAGAGAACUUACUUCCUUGAGUUGCCCAUAUUCCUGCGAGAACAAGAAUGAACAGCAGCCACACUCACACUUUUGUUUCCUAAUGAAACCAUCUCCUUCUUGUGAACCUCAUCAGCUUUCCUACAAGCAUUUCCAACUUACAAAAGGAUUCCUAAAGCAACGACAGGUUGUGAUAGAUAUCUUCACUGUGUCAACAGCGUGCCAAUCUAUUUUUGUAUCUGUUAUCAAAAGUGCACUUUUUCUUUUGGGUGGGUGGAAUGUUUAGUGGUGAGUGAGACGCUGAACCCUGUUAGAAACCAGGUGGCUGCUUUGGAUCACUGCUAAUUGUUUACUAAAGACCAGGCAACAACCUUUCUCUGUUUGCUUAAACAUAACUACUGAGAAGGAAGCGGUUUGGGGGGGGGGGUCAUUUGCAUAACCUGGGAUGAUAUUUUGUAAUCCCUGAUUUCCACCCCCCAGCUUCUUUUAUUUUUCUUACAAUUGCACUGCUAAGAAAAUUACUACACCUACAAAUGAGAAGCCGAGACCCAUAUGUUUUCACUCUUGUUAUGUGGUGCUGUUCAAACGUUUAGUAUGGAAAAAAGAUGUCAUUUUGCGAGCAUCUUGUUUUAAGCCACAUGCGUAUUUCUAACCUCUGCACUUUUCCCUCUGUGGAGAUGGUCAGACCUGCACUCUGUAGUGUUUGUAUUUUGUGCUCUAUGUUAGAGUGCAUUCUGAGCACAUUGAUUGUGCUGUACAUUAAACAAUGUUUUAUAGAACCGGCUUGUACAGCUGAGGAGAAGAAUUGGCAGCCUAGGAUCUCAAGGCACGCACCUCAAGCAGGCACACACUUCAAUGUGCGUAUUUUUUGUUAAGUUGUUGUUUUUAAAUAGAAUUGACUGUACAAAAUCAAAUGGGAGGGGCACUGAAAUUGCUACAUUUUUCAUUCUUCUCAGAUAUUUCACUACUCUAGAAUCUUAUAGUACCUUAAUUGAGUUAGUACAUUAUAGAGUCUGGGCUGGGAAAGCAAAAAAUACAAAUGGAAUCUCUCUGUGUAUCCUAUUUUCUAAAUAGCUGGAUGUGCUUGCCAAUAUGCUAGAGAACAUGCAUUAAAAAAUUAAAUUACUAUUUUUAUAUAUAGUUAACGUAAAUGUCUCACUUUUUCCAGUGCUGAUUCACUUGACACAGUCCAUGGCUGGAUCUACAAUGUCAAUAAAGUCAAGUACUUUA